AUGUCUCCGAUCAAAGUAGGCCUUGUUGGCCUUUCGUCGCGCUCAAAAGCCCAAUGGGGCCCCAUGGCACAUCUUCCCUACUUUCUGUCAGACCGAGGAAAGGAAAAAUUCCAAAUUGUGGCCGUCCAAAACUCCAGCACCGAGUCCGCCCAACAGGCUAUCAAGGACUUUGGGCUGCCGCCUACCGCACGUGCAUAUGGCAGACCCGAGGAGAUGGCUGCCGAUCCAGACGUACAGCUUGUUGUCAACGUCACUGGCGUUCUCAGUCAUUAUCCCGGAGCGCUACCAAGCAUCGAGGCUGGAAAAGACGCCUUUAUUGAGUGGCCGCUUGCAGACAGUCUCGAGCAUGUACAGGAGAUUGUCGCGCUGGCUUCCGAAAAGAACAUUCGGACAGGUGUUGGGCUACAAGGCCGGUUUGCUCCACCGUUCUUGAAGAUAAAGGAGGUGCUUGCGUCUGGCAAAUACGGAAAAGUGCUGAGCAGCGAGAUUAAAGCCGCAUUUCCGCACAAUCCGCGGGAUGUUUUACCUGUUGGAUGGGAUUUUUUCGCUGCAAAGAAGUAUGGUGUCAAUUCGUAUACCAUUGGAUUUGGUCAUUUGAUCGACGUGGUACAGUCAAUUCUCGGCGAUAUACGCAAUCCUUACACCCAAUUCCAAAACCAACGUCCUGAGCUAAAGCGCGUGGAUCGCAGCACCGGCGAAAUCGUUGGAACAAUUCAAUCAGACGUCCCAGACCUGGUUGUCUUGAUUGCUUCCAUAGCUGAAUCAGCAACCAUUCGUGAUGGCGCAACUCUGCUUGUGCGCUAUCGUAGGGGCCCAUCUUUCAAGGGUGAGCCAGCUUUUGUCUGGAGCAUCAACUGCGAAAAGGGUGAAGUCCGACUGGUCUCUCCUGGUGGUCCGGCAUUGCAGCUGAAUGUGUACUCAGAGCCAGUCACUAUUGACGUGCAUGACUUUGCCGCAGACGAGGUGAAGUCUAUAGAAUGGAACUGGGCCGACUAUCAACUCCAACUGGCAGAAGACGCAAGGGCUACUGCAGCGUGGUACGAAGCAUAUGCAGCAGGUACCGAAAAUGAGGCUGCAACUUUUCAAGAUGCACUGCAUCGACAUGAGCAGCUAGAAAAGUGGCUCAGUAUAUAUAGCGCAUAA